GCACACACGGUGACGCGCACUCCUAGAGCGGAGUGUGAGCGGUGACGAGCCGCACAGAGGAGCUUUCCUCCAGACCUGCGUCAGACGCACGUCUACUUUGUGAUUUUUGUGUCGAGCGAUACGUCUGACAUUUCCUUAAAUGUCGACGUAACUUUUGCACGGUUGAGCAUUUUAGUGGACGGCUUUCUUGGCUACUUACCGCCGCAGGAGUCCCCCUUGGAAGAAACUGGCCGCGGAUUAGUACAUUUCGACGCAGAGGCUCGACGACAGAAGGAGGGGAAGAACUUUUUUUCCCCCCUUAAGUGCGACUUUGCGUCUUUUCUCGCUUGCAAUCGUCCCCAGAAAUGGUGGGGCAGCUCCACUUGCAAGCGAUGGAUGAAAGUCUCAAAGGAAAGAACCGGGAAGGGCUGCUUGACAGCCCGGACUCGGGGCUGCCUCCCAGCCCCAGUCCGCCCUUCUGCUCCCUCUCUCCCACUCUCAUCGAGCCGCGCUCCGGCAGCUGCACGACACCCGUGGAGAGCAAGCAGCAAGCGGCCUGGAAGAAGGACGCCAGUCGGGAGGGCAAACUGCUGCCUUACCUGCUGCUCAACAACACAGGAACAGACCCCAGGACUCGCAUGUAUCCUGUCUUCUAUGGAGAGAGCAUCGAGGUUGACCCAAAGCCAGAGAAACAAGUCAAGUGCACUUCAGCGGUCCGGUACGAUUCGGACAAGCAUUACCAAGACCGAGUGUACUGCGUCCCCGUCCCCACGGCGACUUCGUACAGCGAAACGGUGGUGGCGGUGCCCAACUGCACCUGGAGGAGUUACAAAUCCCAAGUGUACCUGGAGCCGCGGCAGAAGCCCAUCAACUACCAGAGCACCACCAUCGUGUACCCCAAACACGCCAAGAACAUUUACCGCACCACGCUCACCUACAAGGCCGCGGCUGCACGUCGCUGGUUCGUCUCCAGAGUGCGGCUGGAGUCCAGCGACGAUUCAAGUCCCUGUAUCAUCUACACAGAGGACUUGUAGGCCCGCACACGAGCUAGUUGUUGUUUUUUUUUUUUUUCUUAGGACUUGAGGACAACAGAUUAGAGGGGCAACACAAGAUAACUGAAAGCUUCACCCUAUUUUUUGUUCAUCUCGUCUCACCCCAGAGGAAAUCUUUCAACUUUGUACUGGCGCCGUUUUUAAAAAGGCUCCCGUUGUACCUCUUUGGCUUGAUGUCUUACUAUCUAAAGAAAACUAGAGCUGACAAAAAAAAAACC